GCAGAUGCACAACUUUAUGGGAACUUGAGCUCAUCAUGCCAAGUCAACAUCAAACAGGAGAGAAAGUGUUCAAUUAUGAAAAAUCACGUGGAAGAGAGAGAGGUCACCGACUUAAAAGCUCGCAUUUUAUAUCGUCUCUGCUGGAGAAGGCGAGUCUUAUAGUUCCUUCAGAAUGGGCAGUCUUCCCUCAGAUGCAACUGGACAACAGCAGCAUCGGGUCAUGGAGAGGUGUCCCUAGAUUUACCAAGUACGGAGGACAGCCUUUCAGAUGCACGGCUUUAAAUUGCUUUAGCAACGCUCAUGCACGCGGAGGUCUCUGCUGUAGUUUCGGAGGAGAACGCUCGUUUAUCCGGUUUUUGUCAGCGGGAUUGCCGUCCUUAUUCAAGCUCACCGACUCAGACCAUCAGCUCCGCCAGAACCCGCAGGGGGCCGUGAGAGCACCGGGCCAGCGUGGGCUUCGUACGCACCGCAGAGAAGAUGAAUAUCCAGGUCUUGCCAGAACACAAGCUCUCGUCGGUGGCCCCGCUGAAACAGUGCAAUGUGGAGAAAAAGGAGGUAGAACUGAUACUGGUGAAGGACCAGAAUGGCGUCCAGUACACCAGUUCCUCCAUCAUUCCCACCCCUGGCCACCACGCAGGUCCUCCCGGAUCCGAGGACGACCGAGAAACUUGGGGCAAGAAAAUAGACUUUCUCCUGUCCGUCAUUGGCUUCGCGGUGGACCUGGCCAAUGUUUGGAGAUUUCCUUACUUGUGCUACAAAAAUGGAGGAGGGGCCUUUUUGAUCCCCUACAUUCUUUUCUUGGUCAUUGCGGGGAUGCCAUUGUUCUACAUGGAGCUUGCCUUGGGCCAGUAUAACAGGGAAGGGGCAGCUACAGUUUGGAAAAUAUGCCCCGUCUUUAAAGGUGUGGGCUACACUGUGAUCCUCAUAGCCCUGUAUGUAGGCUUCUACUACAAUGUCAUCAUCGCCUGGUCCCUCCACUACCUGUUCUCCUCCAUGACCAGCGAGCUGCCGUGGCUCAAAUGUGGCAACAGCUGGAACAGUCAGAACUGCACUGACCCAAAAGCCAUCAACGGCUCCGUCCUCGGCAAUGGGACUUCUUACGCCAAGUACAAGAUCACCCCGGCAGCAGAGUACUAUGAACGGGGUGUGCUGCAUCUCCAUGAGAGUCAGGGUAUCCAGGACUUAGGCCUGCCUCGCUGGGAGUUGACCUUGUGUCUGGUUGUGGUGGUCUUCAUCCUCUACUUCAGCCUUUGGAAAGGUGUCAAGUCCUCAGGGAAGGUGGUGUACAUUACAGCUACUAUGCCGUACGUGGUCCUUUUUGUCUUGCUGAUCCGAGGCAUAACUCUACCAGGGUCCAUGGACGGCAUCAGGGCCUACCUCCACAUUGACUUCAAGCGGCUCAACAACCUAGAGGUGUGGAUUGAUGCUGCCACCCAGAUAUUCUACUCACUAGGAGCCGGAUUUGGUGUGCUCAUUGCAUUUGCCAGUUAUAACAAAUUUGACAACAACUGCUACAGGGACGCUCUCCUGACCAGCACUGUGAACUGCAUCACCAGUUUCUUCUCAGGGUUUGCCAUCUUCUCUGUGCUUGGAUACAUGGCUUACAAACAUGGGGUGAGAAUAGAAGAUGUGGCGACAGAGGGGGCAGGAUUGGUGUUUAUCAUCUACCCUGAGGCGAUUUCUACACUGCCUGGCUCAACAUUUUGGGCUAUUGUGUUCUUCAUCAUGUUGCUGACUUUGGGCAUUGACAGCUCGAUGGGCGGCAUGGAGGCAGUCAUCACAGGCCUGACGGAUGACUUCAAGAUCCUCAAGAGAAACAGGAAACUCUUCACCUUCGCCACAGCCUUUGGAACCUUCCUGGUCGCCCUGUUCUGCAUUACUAAUGGUGGGAUCUACGUGCUGACCUUGUUAGAUAAGUAUGCAGCAGGGACUUCUAUACUGUUUGGUGUGUUGGUCGAGGCCAUUGGCGUUUCAUGGUUUUAUGGUGUGGACCGCUUCAGCGAAGAUAUUGAGCGAAUGAUGGGAUUCAAGCCAGGUCUCUACUGGAGGCUGUGCUGGAAAUUUGUCAGCCCAGCUUUUCUUCUGUUCGUGGUAAUAGCCAGUACUGUGACAUCGUCAGGCCUGAAGUAUGAUGAAUACACCUUCCCUAACUGGUCCAAUGUAGUUGGCUGGGGCGUGGCCAUGUCCUCUAUGCUCUUUGUACCAUUCUACGCUAUUUAUAAAUUUCUCAGCGUACCAGGAACGUUCAAAGAGAGGAUAGCCUAUUGCAUCACUCCAGAACAUGAACAUCAUUUGGUGGCUGAAGGAAAUGUGCGGCAGUUUAAACUCAGUCAUUGGUUGGCCAUCUGAUGACAAAUACAAAGAAUUCCCUCAUCCAUCCUCACAUCUGGUGUUUGGACCUGUGUGCCGCCACACAAGGAGAGCAACAGACUUCAAACUCUCUCUGCAGUCCCCUCUCCUGUGCAUUUACCACCCAAGGCCUUUGUUGUCAACAGCGGCUUCAAGCACUUUGAUUUCAGAGUUAUGCCCCUUAGCAUUAUAAAAUAAUUCUACAGCUUUGGCUCAUAAGGGAGGGGCAUCCCAUGGGGAAAAUGUACUGUUAUUUGCCCAUGGACAUCAUUAUGGUUUUUAUAUACUAUUUUAGUUAUUAUAAUACUAUUUAAUUUUUAUAGUUUGUGAUGUGAGAUUUAUCUCUUAGAAGGGAUAGAAACUAAAAUAAAAACCAAAACAAUCCCUUGUCCCUGUGCGUUACUAUACAGGAGACCAAGAUAUUUCCAUUUUUAAGCUUAUUUUUAAGCCUGUGAUUAUUUAUUAUUAGUGUCACCUGCUGUCACUCUGUUGGCUGAGUGGCUUAUUUGUGUCAGUGCCUUAUCAAGCGAGACACUCCAUGUUUCUUACAUAAAAGAACUGCGUUGACUCAGGAACCCACUAAAUCAAACCACAGACUGUGGAUGGCUAAGCUCGGUUUUGACCUUGUUCUUUGAUAUUCAAAUCAGAGAGCUGGGAGUCAACAGACCAUCAAGGUCAAGCUCCUGAGCAAAGAGAAAACAGGCCUUAUAUAAUGCUUUUGUGUCACAUUGUGUUACAGAAAAGGGAAUAAUGCAUGCAUCACUCCAAAGCUUUAAAAUAAAAAAAAAUAAAAAAAACUGAGGCAGGCUUCAUUCACCUCUUACAGCCAGGCCUUGAUCUCAAAGAAAGAUUAAGCCUGAACCUGGUCAGUGUCUGGCUGCUCACUUAAGAUGAAGGGGGAAAAAUUCAGCAAAACAAAUGGCGUAACUGUUACAAACAGUUUUGUGUUAUUGUUGUGUGGCUUUUACUUUCCAAAUUUUCGUCUGUUCAGUGCUUCUAAGGAAUAUAUGUGGCUUUUCCUCUGGAGACAGAAAGAGAGAGAGAGAGAAAGAGGGAGAGAGUGCGUGUGUGUGCGUGUAUUCAGAUUUUGUUGCCAGCCAUACAGUGUUGCUGUUGGAGUACAGCACAUGGAAGAGUGACAGCUGUAAAAUGCCUCUUUCACUGCACUCUAUAUUGACUAUUAUGUUAAGUGUAUGACAACAACUCAUCAACAUCUUGUGAUGUUCCUCUUUUUCAUCACCAUAGUAGUGCCAAUAUGUUCCUUCGGGAAUGUUUUUAAUUAUCUUCUUCUGUUUUCUCUUUUUUUUUUAUUUAUUUGAAUGAAGUUGAAGUUGAAUUUUAACCUUGAAUCAUAACAGAACACCCUUACUGAAAGGAAUAAAGCCACAAAGAAAAAAACAAAUAUAUGUGGAGUAUAUAAGAAGAUAUAAAAAAUAUAUAAAUAUAUUCUUUUGUUAUAUCUAAUCUUGUAUUUAUCAAAUUGUUUAUAACAAAACGUGAAUGUAAAGUAUUUUAAACGUAACUGUCCACAGUCAUAACAUCGUGUUUGAUGUAUAGCUAAGAUGAACUAUUUAGAAAAAAUAUUCUUCAGUGUAACCCUGGGAUACUUUGUCACAUACCAAUGUGAACAAAAACACCUGGGCUUUCCUGGACUAUGUUUACAAAAAUACUGUGUACAAUACCAAUGUCCUGUUGAACGUGAGUGACAACUAUCUAUGAAGAAGUCUGGAGUAUUCACACUAUGAUAAUAAAGAAUUUCUUCUACACACAAA